AAUUUCCAGCCUCUGACACAGAAGAAUGAAUAACUAUAUUUUGAUCCAACUUUAUAAACUACUGACUGAGCCUAGUGUAUUAAUUGUAACCUACAAGGAACCUGCAAAAUCAUCUACUCAGUUUGGAUCCUAUAAACAAGCUGAAUGGAGGCCAAAUAGUACCAUGAUAGCUGUUUCAACUGCAAAUGGCUACAUCUUAUUUUUUCAUAUUACAUCUUCAAGAGGGGACAAGUACCUUUAUGAACCAGUAAAUCCCAAAGGAAGUCCACAAAUGAAGGGGACACCCCAUUUUAAGGAAGAACAGUGUGCUCCAGCAUUAAAUUUAGAGAUGAGGAAAAUAUUGGAUUUGCAGGCACCCAUCAUGAGUUUGCAGUCUGUGCUGGAAGAUCUCCUGGUUGCUACUUCUGAUGGACUUCUUCAUCUCAUUCACUGGGAAGGAAUGACAAAUGGAAGGAAAGCCAUUAAUCUUUGCACAGUACCCUUUUCAGUAGAUCUGCAGUCAUCUAGAGUAGGUUCGUUCCUGGGCUUUACAGAUGUGCACAUCAAAGACAUGGAAUACUGUGCCACACUUGAUGGGUUUGCUGUUGUGUUUAAUGACGGUAAAGUUGGAUUUAUUACACCAAUGUCAAGUAGAUUUACUGCAGAGCAACUUCAUGGAGUUUGGCCACAAGAUGUUGUUGAUGGAACAUGUGUAGCAGUAAAUAACAAAUAUCGGCUAAUGGCAUUUGGUUGUACAAGUGGUUCUGUGCAGGUUUAUACCAUAGAUAACACCACUGGAGCCAUGUUGCUAUCUCAUAAAUUAGAGCUAACAGCAAAGCAGUAUCCUGACAUUUGGAACAAAACGGGAGCUGUUAAAUUGAUCAGAUGGUCUCCUGACAAUAGUGUUGUAAUAGUGACCUGGGAAUAUGGAGGCUUUUCCUUAUGGAGUGUAUUUGGAGCCCAGCUGAUUUGUACACUUGGAGGAGAUUUUGCUUAUAGGUCUGAUGGGACCAAAAAAGACCCCCUUAAGAUCAAUUCUAUGUGCUGGGGUGCAGAAGGCUAUCACCUAUGGGUGAUCAGUGGAUCUUGUUCUCCAUACACUUCGCUUGAGGCUGACCUAAAGAGAAUAGUUAAACAGCCCAGCAUUCUGCUAUUUCAGUUUAUCAAGAGUGUACUGACUGUAAACCCUUGUAUGAGUAAUCAAGAGCAAGUGUUGCUUCAGGGAGAGGAUCGCUUAUACUUGAACUGUGGAGAGACCUCACAAUCCCAGAAUCCCAGGAAUUCCUCAGCACACUCUGAGCGAAAGCCUAGGCAAGAAAAGAGCUUAUUUACAGAAGGAGGUGUAGAGUCUCAAGGUUUAAGCAAUUUACUUGGACAUCGGCAUUGGCAUGUUGUACAGAUUUCCAGCACCUAUCUAGAGAGCAAUUGGCCUAUACGGUUUUCAGCUAUUGAUAAACUUGGACAGAAUAUUGCUGUGGUUGGCAAGUUUGGUUUUGCACAUUACUCUUUACUCACCAAAAAAUGGAAACUUUUUGGAAACAUUACUCAGGAACAGAAUAUGAUUGUGACUGGUGGCUUAGCCUGGUGGAACGAUUUUGUGGUCCUUGCAUGUUAUAACAUAAGUGACCAUCAAGAAGAACUCAGAGUAUACUUGCGAACAUCAAAUCUGGACAAUUCCUUUGCCCAUGUCACCAAGGCACAAGCAGAAACAUUAUUGCUUAGUGUGUUCCGGGACAUGGUAAUAGUAUUUAGAGCAGACUGUUCAAUAUGUCUUUAUAGUAUUGAAAGAAAAUCUGAUGGUUCGAAUACUACCGCUGGUAUUCAUGUUCUUCAGGAGGUCUCUAUGUCACGCUACAUUCCUCACCCUUUCCUGGUAGUAUCUGUCACUCUGACAUCUGUGAGUACAGAGAAUGGAAUCACCUUGAAAAUGCCACAGCAGGUUCGUGAUGCAGAGAGCAUUAUGCUGAACCUUGCUGGACAGCUCAUCAUGAUGCAGAGGGAUAGGUCUGGCCCUCAGGUCAGGGACAAGGACAGUAACCCCAACCAAAGGAAACUUCUGCCAUUCUGUCCUCCUGUUGUACUGGCGCAGUCUGUUGAAAAUGUCUGGACUACAUGUCGAGCAAAUAAACAAAAACGUCACCUUCUGGAAGCACUCUGGCUCAGCUGUGGUGGUGCAGGGAUGAAAGUCUGGCUCCCUCUCUUCCCUAGGGAUAACCGCAAGCCACAUUCCUUUUUGUCUCAGCGGAUCAUGCUGCCUUUCCAUAUCAAUAUAUAUCCCCUUGCAGUUCUGUUUGAAGAUGCAUUGGUCCUUGGUGCUGUCAAUGACACUUUACUUUAUGAUUCUUUGUACACUCGGAACAGUGCUAAGGAGCAGCUGGAGGUGCUGUUCCCUUUCUGUGUUGUGGAGAGAACCUCCCAGAUCUACCUCCACCAUAUUCUUCGUCAACUUCUGGUCAGGAACCUUGGGGAGCAAGCCUUGCUCUUGGCUCAGUCCUGUGCUGCAUUACCUUACUUCCCUCAUGUGCUGGAGCUUAUGCUCCAUGAAGUGCUGGAAGAAGAAGCUACCUCACGGGAGCCCAUUCCCGACCCACUGCUUCCCACUGUGGCAAAAUUUAUUACUGAGUUCCCCCUUUUCCUACAGACAGUUGUGCAUUGUGCCAGGAAGACUGAAUAUGCACUGUGGAAUUACCUUUUUGCAGCUGUUGGAAACCCUAAGGAUUUAUUUGAAGAAUGUUUGAUGGCUCAGGAUUUGGACACGGCGGCCUCUUACCUUAUUAUUUUACAGAAUAUGGAAGUCCCUGCAGUAAGCAGGCAACAUGCCACCCUUCUGUUCAACACAGCGCUGGAACAAGGCAAGUGGGACCUAUGUCGACACAUGAUUCGAUUUCUUAAAGCCAUUGGCUCUGGAGAAUCUGAGACGCCUCCAUCCACACCUACAGCUCAGGAACCCAGUUCAAGUGGUGGAUUUGAGUUUUUCAGGAAUCGAAGCAUCAGUUUAUCCCAAUCAGUUGAAAAUGCUCCUCCUAGUAAAUUCAGCUUACAGAAAACACUAAGUAUGCCAUCUGGUCCUUCUGGAAAAAGAUGGAGCAAAGAUAGUGACAGUGCUGAGAACAUGUACAUUGACAUGAUGCUAUGGAGACAUGCUCGGCGUCUUUUAGAAGAUGUGCGAUUAAAGGACCUUGGCUGCUUUGCAGCCCAGUUAGGCUUUGAGCUAAUUAGUUGGCUAUGCAAGGAACGUACUCGUGCCGCCCGAGUAGACAACUUUGUGAUCGCCCUGAAAAGACUCCACAAAGAUUUCCUUUGGCCACUUCCCAUCAUCCCAGCAUCCUCUGUCAGUUCUCCUUUCAAAAAUGGAAAAUACCGAACAGUGGGAGAGCAGUUGUUAAAGUCUCAAUCAGCUGACCCUUUUAUAAACCUUGAGAUGGAUGCUGGUGUCUCUAACAUCCAACGGAGUCAGAGCUGGCUCAGUAAUAUCAGCCCAACCCAUAAUGAGAUAGACACAGCCUCAUCCCAUGGACCACAAAUGCAAGAUGCUUUCUUGUCACCUUUAUCUACUAAAGGUGAUGAAUGCAGCAUUGGUUCAGCCACAGACCUGACUGAAAGUAGCUCCAUGGUAGACGGAGACUGGACAAUGGUGGAUGAAAAUUUCUCCACACUCAGUCUGACCCAAUCAGAGUUGGAGCACAUCUCCAUGGAGCUGGCAAGUAAAGGACCUCACAAAUCCCAAGUCCAACUCCGGUAUUUGCUACACAUUUUCAUGGAGGCAGGGUGUCUGGACUGGUGCAUCGUCAUAGGCCUGAUUCUUAGAGAAUCUUCAAUAAUCAGUCAGAUUUUGGUUAUUGCACAGUCUUCAGAGGUAGAUGGAGAGAUGUUACAAAACAUCAAGUCGGGAUUUCACGCAGUGGACAGAUGGGCCUCUACAGAUUGCCCUGGAUAUAAGCCAUUUUUAAACAUCAUUAAGCCACAACUGCAGAAGCUCAGCGAGAUAGCAGAAGAGCAAGUCCAGCCUGAUGCCUUCCAACCAAUAGCAGUGGGUAAGACUCCUGAACAGACUAGCCCUAGGGCAGAGGAGAGCAGGGGCUCCUCUGGCCAUGGAAAUGUCCCCCAAUGUGAGGUUGGGGGUAACAGUAUAGUUACCCGGAAAGAAGAGGACACAGCCCAAUCAGAAGAGGAGGAACCAUUUCAGGAUGGGACUUAUGACUGUUCUGUGUCCUAACAAUAGUAUAAUGUCACAACAGUCAGUAUUAAUUAGCAGCGGUGUGCAGCUGAGUAUACUGUGACCUUGCGAGAGAGAACUCAGCUCACAGACUGGUAAAGUAUUACUACAUUUUAAUGAACUCUUAAGAAAUCUCUUGGAUUCUAUUAAAAAUGUGAUAUCAAAUAAAACAUCUUUCAUAAAAUUUUUUAAAGCUGCAGUGGAAAUAAAGACUAUUGUACAGGUGUACCUUUUUUGUUUUACUCAAAUGUUGGUAGCUUGCAAACCAUGGGGAUAGUUUUGUCCUGGGUGAGCUUAUAGUUUCGUAUGUUUUAUGGUUCAGCAUGUGUCUAGACUGCUUUUUUAAAAAUAAAUGCUAAGGUGCUUGCUGUAGCUCAUUAAGCACUUGAGCUACCUGUUUGCUUCCUUGGAUAGAGCUCACUGGACUUCCUGUUUGGUUCUCUGAAUAGAUGACUACCCCUUGCAUUUAUGCUAAUGCAACGGAGACUUCUCUUUGGCUUUACUAAGCCUUUAAAUCUCAGACCUGAACUGAUGAAAGCUUAUUUACCUGUCAAUUAAUGUGCCUGUUUUAGCAAGCUUGAUUCCUACUAGAUCAAUGUAGGCAGUGGUAUGAGGGGUAAUCAAUUAUACCACUAUUUUGUAUCAAAAAAAAAAAACUAUACCUUUUUGUAAAUGCUCUUGUGUAAAUAUACUUCAAAGGCGCUGUUCAUAUUUUUAAGGCUUGUAUUAUAAUUUGUAAGGUUUUACUGGAUUCUGCAUGAGUAUAAAUACAUACUCUUAGCAUAAAGACAGGGCUUACACUUCUUUCCAGAAAUGAGCAGCCUUCAUAAUGGAACAUGGAUUUAAUGGCUUUGUCAUAAAGUCACAAAAAUGGUCCCAAUGAUCAUGAAGUGGAACAGGUUUUGUUCAAAUUAAUGUUUCUUAUUUAUUGCUUUUGUAAAUUGAAUAAAAAUGAACUUUUAUGUAAAUACACAGCUGAAUCCUAUAUUAUCACAGCUACUAAAAUAUGUAAAGAAUGCAUUCUUCAUUGUAAACUUUAAAAAUAUUUUAUGUAUUUCUAGAUAUGACUUAAAUUUUAGUUUUCAUACAUUAUGAAAACAGUACCACAUAUUCCUUAAUUGCUUCAGACUAUACACAUGUCAACUAUAUGUAAUUCUGAUUACCUAAUAACAGUAUUAAUUUAGAUAGCUUGUUUGUACUGUGCAAUUUGAACAAGGAAUGCAAUGUAAUUUUUUAUAAAAACAUGUUUAUUUUUAUAACGAUGUAUUAGAUGUGGACCAAAUUCAUACCACUAUGUGAAACAGCCUCUCUUUUCAUAGUGCAGUUACAGUUCAGAAAUCAAAUCUGGUCCUCUAGCCUUGCUUUUUAAAGUACAUAGCUACACUUAGUUGUCUGUGCCAGAUUUCCUUUGAAGGGAAACUCAAUCAUUUUGAAAUUGCUUAUUUCAAAAUUUAUCAACUAUUGAAAAUAAUUACUGAGUUUGAUAAUUUACUAUCAUUUACUUUUUGCAUUACAAGUGCAAUAAUUUCACAUAAUAAAACUCCAGAUGGGUGGAAUAUGUGACUACUGUACCUGGUUCUUCUGGUGCUCCUUUUUAUUUAAGUUGUCAGCUCAAACCACCUUUCUCUAAAUCUUAAGAUAAAAAAAUAAACCAGUGCAAAAAGAAACUAAACUGAAAUGUCUUCUCCUGUCCUAAUCCAGUAGGGGGAGAAGAAACAGCAUUACAUUUGUGUUUCAUGUGAAUAUUCAGUUAAUAAAAAUGAUUUACCAUUUAUAAACAGUUGUGAUCUUUUUCAGAUAUCCUAAAUAAAACUGCUGAGUUCAUCUCACAUUCUUAAAAGCAGGUCACCAAUAAGUUAACAUUAUUUCUGUAGUUUAGGCUGUGAAACUUUCCUUCUGUAAAAUAUUUUUUAAUUAGUAGAUAUAGGAUGUCCCAAGGUAAGAAAUUUAGCAAGGUUAUAGAAAACUUUACUCUUACAGUUUGUUAUAUACUUCAGUUUUUUUGUGGGUUUUUUUGUGUGGCGGGGUACCGGGGAUCAAACUCGGGUCCUUGUGCUUGUGAG